ACCGAAGUUUGGAGGUAGACGAGCAGGCGAGCGGUUUGCCCGGGCGCAGAGCAUGAAGGCCGGGCGGGCGCGGGGAGCGGGCGCCCGCCGCCCGGCGCGGGGGUGAGCGAGAGAGAGAGCGGAGCGCGUGUGGCCGGCGCCGCUCGGCCGGGAGCUCCCGCGCCCGCGCCCCGCGCCCCGCGCCCGCCGCCGCCGCCGCCGCCCCUGGUGCGAUGGCGCAGAAACCCCGUUGACAAGGCACUGCUUUUUCAUGACGUUGUCAUGGAUGAUGAUGAUGACUCGUGUCUCCUUGAUCUUAUUGGAGACCCACAAGCAUUGAACUAUUUUCUACAUGGACCUAGUAACAAAUCUAGCAAUGAUGACUUGACUAACGCAGGAUAUUCUGCAGCCAAUUCAAAUUCAAUUUUCGCCAACUCCAGUAAUGCUGAUCCUAAGUCAUCCCUCAAAGCUGUAAGCAACCAGCUUGGAGAAGGGCCCAGUGAUGGACUGCCACUUUCAAGUAGCCUUCAGUUUCUUGAAGAUGAACUUGAGUCUUCUCCUCUUCCCGAUCUCAGUGAGGACCAACCUUUCGACAUUCUUCAGAAAUCCCUGCAGGAGGCCAACAUCACCGAGCAGACCUUGGCAGAAGAGGCAUACUUGGACGCCAGUAUAGGUUCAAGCCAACAGUUUGCACAAGCCCAGCUUCAUCCUUCCUCAUCAGCAUCCUUUACUCAGGCUUCUAACGUUUCGAAUUACUCAGGUCAGACGCUGCAGCCUAUAGGGGUGACUCACGUGCCUGUUGGAGCCUCAUUUGCAAGCAAUACAGUGGGUGUGCAGCAUGGCUUUAUGCAGCACGUGGGGAUCACCGUGCCCAGCCAGCAUCUGUCGAAUAGCAGUCAGAUCAGUGGUUCUGGUCAGAUACAGCUGAUCGGGUCAUUUGGUAAUCAGCCCUCCAUGAUGACUAUUAAUAACCUAGACGGAUCUCAGAUCAUAUUGAAGGGCAGCGGGCAGCAAGCCCCGUCAAACGUGAGCGGCGGGCUCCUGGUUCACAGACAGACCCCCAACGGCAACUCCCUGUUUGGGAACUCCAGUUCCAGUCCCGUAGCACAGCCUGUCACCGUUCCAUUCAACAGCACAAACUUCCAGACGUCCCUGCCCGUGCAUAACAUCAUCAUACAGAGGGGUCUCGCACCCAAUGCAAAUAAAGUCCCGAUUAAUAUCCAGCCAAAGCCCAUCCAGAUGGGUCAGCAGCACACAUACAACGUGAACAAUCUGGGGGUGCAACAGCACCACGUGCAACAAGGGGUCUCCUUUGCGUCUGCCAGCUCCCCCCAGGGCUCCGUCGUCGGUCCGCACAUGUCUGUGAACAUUGUAAACCAACAGAACACAAGGAAACCGGCCACCUCGCAGGCCGUGAGCAGCGCCGGGGGCAGUAUCGUCAUUCACUCUCCCCUGGGCCAGCCUCACACACCCCAAAGUCAGUUCCUCAUACCCACAAGCCUUUCUGCCAGUUCCAACUCGGUUCACCACGUCCAGACCAUAAAUGGGCAACUGCUUCAGACUCAGCCUCCUCAGCUCAUCCCUGGCCAGGUGGCCUCAGAGCACGUCAUGUUGAACAGAAACUCUUCCAACAUGCUCAGGACCAACCAGCCCUAUUCUGGACAGAUGCUGAGCAACCAGAAUGCUGCCGUCCAGCUAGUGUCUGGGCAGACGUUUGCCGCCUCGGGAAGCCCGGUGAUUGUCAAUCAUGCCUCUCCUCAGAUAGUUGGUGGCCAGAUGCCCUUGCAGCAGGCGUCACCGACUGUACUACACCUGUCACCUGGGCAGAGCAGCGUGUCCCAAGGGAGACCUGGCUUCACCACCAUGCCCUCGGUGACCAGCAUGUCAGGACCUAGCCGGUUCCCUGUCGUCAGCUCCUCCAGCACAGCCCAUCCAAGUCUCGGGUCUGCGGUUCAGUCAGGUGCAUCAGGAUCAAACUUUACGGGGGAGCAGCUGGCCCAGCCAAACAGGACUCCAGUACCAGUCAGUGCGCCUCAUCGUCUUCCAGUCUCUUCUUCCAAAUCGACCAGCACCUUCAGUAACACCCCUGGAGCAGGAACCCCGCAGCAGUUCUUCUGUCAGGCUCAGAAAAAAGGUUUGAAUCAGACUUCCCCCAUUUCCGCUUCCAAGACCACAGAUGGCCUGAGGCAAGCGCAGAUCCCUGGCCUCAACACCGCACUGCCAGGGCAGGAUUCUGGAAGCAAGGUUAUACCGGUGUCCUUAGGAACGGCCCAGCCCCAGCAGGAAAAGGUGGUUGGAUCCUCUCCUGACCAGCCAGCUGUGCAGGGGGAAAGCCAUGCGGGAGGACAGAAGCGGCCUGCUGCGAAACAACUAACUAAAGGAGCUUUCAUUCUCCAGCAGUUACAGAGGGACCAAGCCCAUGCUGUGACACCUGACAAAAGUCCGUUCCGAUCACUGAGUGAUGCGGUGCAGAGGCUACUCUCCUACCACGUGUGCCAGGGCUCCAUGCCCACGGAGGAAGACUUGAAGAAAGUCGACAAUGAAUUUGAAGCAGUUGCCACUCAACUCCUAAAAAGGACCCAGGCUAUGCUUAACAAAUACAGAUGCCUGCUUCUAGAAGAUGCCAUGCGGAUCAAUCCCUCUGCUGAGAUGGUGAUGAUCGAUAGAAUGUUCAACCAAGAGGAAAGAGCUUCUCUGUCCCGAGACAAGCGUCUGGCACUUGUAGACCCUGAGGGUUUUCAGGCUGAUUUCUGUUGUUCCUUCCAACUUGACAAAGCUGCUGAUGAGACGCAGUUUGGCCGGAGUGACCAGCACGGCAGUAAAACACCCAGCUCUCUGCACCUGACAGCCAAGGCCCAAAGCCGAGACCGAGCCAAGCCAGGCACGGCAGAACCGACGAAUCAUGACCAGUUUCAUCUAGUGCCUAAUCACAUCGUGGUCCCCGCAGAAGGAAACGCUUCUAAAAAAACUGAAUGCCUCGGCAGAGCACUGAAAUUUGACAAAGUGGGCUUAGCACAGUACCGGGCUACGUCCGAGGAGAAGGGCGGCCGGAGAGAGCCCACGAAGGCCAGCGAGUGCUCCCCCGGCCCCGAAGGGCACCGGAAAACCUCAUCCAGACCAGAUCACGGUACUGAGAGCAAACUCCCGAGCAUCCUAGUCGAUUCUCACUUGGAGAUGACGUGUAACAAUUCCUUCCAGGACAAAACUCUGAGGAAUUCUCCAAAGAAUGAAGUUUUACACACAGACAUCAUGAAAGGGUCAGGCGAGCCCCAGCCAGACCUCCAGCUCACCAAGAGCUUAGAAACAACAUUUAAGAACAUCUUGGAACUCAAAAAGGCUGGGCGGCAGCCCCAGAGUGACCCCACGGUUAGUGGCUCUGUUGAGUUAGAUUUCCCCAGCUUCUCUCCAAUGGCUUCGCAGGAAAACUGCCUGGAAAAGUUCAUCCCGGACCACAGUGAAGGCAUUGUAGAAACUGACUCCAUUUUAGAAGCAGCUGUAAAUAGUAUCCUAGAGUGUUAAUAGCAGCAGCCCCCACCCCUACCCCGUCCCGAGACCCCGCCCCGGACAAGUUACAUUCUUUCCUGGCAAAAGCAAAUGGAAGUGUUCUCCUGUCUCCAGCCUGCUUGAUCUUUCAUCACAGGUUAUUCUUUCUGAUCUUCAAUCCCAUUCUUUGUUUAAGAGCAAUACUCGUGGUGGUUACAGGGAGAUCCUUUCGCGAAAUUAAUCCUUGUUAGAAAGCAGUCUGAUAGGCCCUACACAUUUCAAGUGUUAACGAAAGCGCUUAUAGUCCUUUAUUUUUGUGUGUUUGUUUACUUGUUUUAUUUAAAAACAAAACAAAACAUCAUAACUCACUGAGAUCACAGUACAUGUGGCCCUGGGUAAAAUUCUGACAAUCAUUAAGUCAUUUGAAAAGAAAAGACUUAUU